UAUGUUCACUUGCGGACUUUUUUUUGUUAGAUUGUCUAUAUAGUAUACUCGAAGAUAGUUUCAGUUUCCAGAUCGUCUUUUCUCUUUCUCGACUUUGUUAAAACCCUAAUUUUACUUGUUCUCACUAGACUACUAGAGCCAGAGCGUUUCGAAAAUGUCUAGAGUUUAUGUUGGAAAUUUGGAUCCUCGGGUUUCAGAGAGAGAACUUGAAGAUGAAUUCCGUACCUACGGUGUUCUUCGAAGUGUUUGGGUUGCACGGAAGCCACCGGGUUAUGCUUUUGUUGAAUUUGAUGAUCGUAGAGAUGCUUUAGAUGCGAUCAAAGAUUUGGAUGGGAAGAAUGGUUGGCGGGUUGAGCUUUCUCAUAACUCUAAGGGUAGUGGUGGAGGCAGGGAUGGUGGUGGGCGUGGUGGCAGGGAUAGUGGCGGUGGAGGUGGUCGUGGACGCGGUGGAGGUGAUGACCUAAAGUGUUAUGAGUGUGGUGAAGCAGGUCAUUUCGCUCGUGAAUGUCGCUUACGUAUUGGUUCAAGAGGCAUGGGAAGUGGAAGGCGACGAAGUCCCAGUCCUCGGCGCCGCAAGAGCCCAACUUACGGGCGCAGCAGGAGCCCGAGCCCCUACAGAAGGAGAUCCUCCCCACGACGCCGUAGCAUUUCACCAGCACCACGCAGACGCAGCUACAGCAGGUCACCACCUCCAUAUCGCCAUGCCCGUGAUUCACGUGAUGCCCGUGAUCCUCGUGAUGCCCGUGAUGUCCGUGAUCCACGUGAUUCGCCAUAUGGAAAUGGAAAUGGAAAUGGAGACCAACCAAGGAGGAGCAGGAGCUUAAGCAGGCACUGAAGAGCGAAUGCCGAUUACUGUAGUAUUAGUUGUACUAGGUUCUACACUAUGACUUUUAAUUUUGUUUCAUGGAUAGACUACCGGCGUCUACUUAAAGAGUAUGAUUUUUCUGCCAAAGAGUGUUAAGGAUUCUCUAUUUAUCUGAACUUCAGCUGUUAUUCAAUUUGAAAUAUCAGAACCUAAAGUGAACAGAAUUUGCAGACAGAGAAGCUAAAGGGAAAAGCAUCAGAGGUGCUUUUUGGUGAAAAUCCACUUAGCCAAUCA